AUGACCAAGGUUCAUUCUUUGGUGUCAAUUGCCACAGCUGAUGCUUCUUGUUCUUCGUACAUGACUCCGAAGAGAGAAGCUUUGACGGUGUGGAUGAAGUCGCUCGUCAUGCAAGGAAAUGGAUGCACCGUCUUCGAUCAGAACGGCCAGAUCGUCUACCGUAUAGAUAACUAUGAAAAGAAGGGUAGCAGAAAAGUUUUUCUGAUGGAUCUACGCGGAAAAGUUCUCUUCACCAUAAUUCAAAGGAAACUUCGAGUUCUGGGGCGCUGGGAGGGCUACAAAUGUGACGAACAGGACGUGAAGGACGGAAAACUGUGGUUUCGCGUAAAAAGAGGUUGUCCCAUCUUCAAAAGGAAAUCGUCCUGCCAAGUUUCUGUGCACUGCGAUAAGGGUCAGCAUACCUUUAACAUUGAGAGUGUGGCGGGUAAAUCAGAGUUCAGAAUAGUCGAAAGAACGGGCGGUCUGAUUGCAGAGGGAAAGAGGAAGCAGUCAUCUUCUGGAGUAUACCUUGGAGAUGAUGUUUUGACUUUGUUUGUGGAGCCUGAAGUUGAUCAGUCCCUUGUCGUAGCUCUUGUUGCCGUUUACGGAUCAAUGCAUCGGAGAAUGUGA